GCCGCCGGCGCUUUCAAUUUCCACAUUAGUAUACACCUCCCCAGUCACCCCCUCACCUAGUCUCGCUGAGGCAGAGUACUUACACAGAGACACGUUAACCUUUGUGCUUCAAGGGCAUAGAGUCACUGGUUCAAAUUCUCCAUGGAUUCCGAAGACGAGAGAGAGAUGGAGAAGCAGGAUACAGUUUACAGCUUUUCUGGUCUGGAGAUGCGCAUCCACCAGAACGAAGAACGAGAAUGUCUACGGGAUGCUCGAAUCGCGCGCAAGGAUCCGGAACGCGAUGAGACAAUUACGAUGAACAUUGCCAGGGCUUAUCGUGUUAUGCGCUUCUUUGAAACUAUACAAGGAUUCCAUAAGGGCUCUCUAGAUCUCACUGGUCGUCAUCGAAGGCGAUAUGAUUCGAUUCUAUCCCGCUGGAAAGAUUUCUCUACUGAGCUAGGGGGUGUAUUAAGGAAUGCGCAAACGUCUGUUACUGCUGUCGAAAUCGGAGGGAAGCCGUUCAUUGUGAGCGGUGAGCCGAUCUUACGCACAGAAUUGGAACCAGAAUCGCCGGAAAGACUCGAUACGUUUCUUACAAAGUGGCAUGCUCAUGAUUGUCUCUCUCUGCAUGAGUUAUCUACUCGCAGAGAGGAUACACUGAAAUGUCUAGCAUUACACCCCACUCCCAAGUUUCAAUUGUUGUGCCUGCGAGAUCUUCCUCCGGAGCUUAUUCAUUAUAUCAUGGACAUUGCUGGCGUAGACGGAGCACGAAGGUUGGGUGCGACAUGUCGCUUGCUGAGGGAGAUCUCUUCAUCCUACAUCUUUGAGCAUCGGUCGUUCCGCCUGGAUUUUAUGCCAGACUGGGAUCAGGUCCGCUCCAUGGAGUCCAUUGACGAGAAGACCGCAUAUAUGGACUCUCUAAUCACUCAAAGGAGCACGAAGCUCAUCAGUGGAAUUGACUUUAUCAAGCCUCGUUCCGACAUCCUUACGGCAGUGCGUACGCUGUAUGUGAGCGAUGAGUGGCAAUCAUUCAAUGCUUGGGAGAGGACAACUGUCGCCGCCGAUGAAAAUUCUCGACAUUCCUUCUAUGCUCCGCUCUACGACGGUAUCUCUGACCUGCUUCCUCGCCUUUCGAAUCUCCAGACUUCAAUAUUGGCAUACUGGCACAUUACGGAGGAGAUGAUAUCAAAUUUUGGGUGUCUCAAACAGCUUCAUACCUUGAAGUUGUUCUCGUGCACCUCUGCGGUCCGCUUCCCAUACGCUAUCCCGAAAAUCCCCUCGCUCUUAAACUUCCAGAUAGGUUGGUCCGAGGAACACUGUGACUCUUGGCUUUUUCUUGGAAUGUGCCCCAACAUUCAGAACCUGUUCAUUUGGCCCGCUCGUGGCGGCCAGCCUGACCCAGACAUCACGAUGCCAUCUAUUCAACUCAUGGCAGCGUUCAACCCUUUCAAGACGCUCCAGAGGUUUAAUAUGUCCCACGUUCAACCAGAGUGGCUUCCGCUACUCAGCGCCUGGAUCAGGUCAGCUCGUGAUAGUAAUGAGCCCGCCGGUCUUCAUCUCACGCAUUUCAAACUGGACAUUGAGGGUGGCUUGCAUCGACGAGAGAUUUUCUCCCUCCUUGAUUCGUUGAGUGGUGCUCCUAUACAAUUCUUUGUUUUGGACGGCUUGCGCUACGCAGCACCUGACCUCUUCGACCGAAUCGCUGGCGCGCUACCCCAACUGGAAUACUUGACGCUUUGCUACAGAGAGAGCGACAUCCAAUUCCGCACGAAGGACGCUAGUUGGCCUUUUGCUACCUGGGAAUACGCCCCGCAUUUUGCCAAUUUUCACCAUCUCCGUCGCUUCUCAUGGAACUACAGGACGGAUAUCAACGAAUGUGGACCCUCGAUACUUCAAUACUUUGAACAAGGGUUUCCGGACGAACAAGAAUUAUGGAGGAUGAGAGCCGAUGAAAAUGAUAGUUUCCACGAUUGGGAGUGUAUUGCCAAGCUUUUUGCAGUAUUCUGCCCGUCUCUUGAGACUCUUGGUUUCGAUUGUAUGUGGCUAGGGAUACGCAAAGAGCUUCGUGAGGACGGUCAGGUCGCUUUUGUGAGGGACGACAACAACAUGGAGGCGGAACUUUCCUUGAGGUGCAACCCUUCUCACGAGUCCUGGCCACUGUGCUUGCCUGCUUCCCACGGCGUUUGAUACUCUCAACGAAGUUUCGAAUGUCGCGUUUCUGGUCGCUGUGAUGCUGCCUGUCGUUCAACAUUAAACAUCGCGGGGUCUAUAUAUCACAUGGUGACCGCCGCGGCGUCCAAGCUAUUGCACAAGAUCUACCGUGGCUCAUACCGACUCCUCGACAGUCUAAGUACGAGCAUCAAGAAAUGGAGAGGUUGAGGUCGACCCAUCAACUUUCAGUAUCGUAAAGCCCUACUCUAAACCACCUAUUUUUGAACGUUACCUCAAAUCCAUAAAGAUUCAUUCCUCUAGCAAAUACCGAACGAGCUGCAGUCCUCCGAGAAAUCGUUCAAUACAGUUUCUUUUUGAUAAUUUUCAAACUUCACAGCAGAGUAACUUCCUCCACCUCGGGCUUGAUGUUGUAUUGUAUUCUUGGCCCCCCAACCUAUCGAUCGACCCCCGAUUCACGCGGCAGCGAGAGUAGUUAUAAGCCCACCAUGAAGCUAUAGGCUGAUACUGUAAUGAACACAUUCUGGAUCGGGAUCGGGAUCGUUUCGCUUAUUGGCACACCGAUUCUCUCGGAGUUUGUUCCUUCCCGCUGAACUCCAAUCUUUCGCUUUCAACUU